AUGUCUGGAAGAGAAAUUUAUUACUCUGAGAAAUACUACGAUGAAGAACAUGAAUACAGGCAUGUAGUUCUUCCAAAGGAGAUGGUGAAGCUGGUUCCCAAGAACCACUUGAUGUCGGAGCAGGAGUGGCGUGGUAUUGGUGUGCAGCAGAGCCAAGGGUGGGUGCACUACAUGACACAUCAACCUGAACCUCACAUCCUGCUAUUUAGGCGAAAGAAAGAAAAGAAAUGA